UUGAUAGCAGAAUUUUUAACCGUGCGACUCAGGUCAUUUUCCUUUUACAGUCGCUUGCAGACGGGACGGCAAAUCGGACCAUGUGUUAAUCUGCACCUAAAACAACUGGAGUGCUGUGUGUGUGUGUGUGUGUGCGCGCGCGCGUGUGUAUCUCUGUCUGUGUGCGUGUGUCUUUUCGUGUGCAUUUCAAAGUUUUCCCUCCUGCCAUUUUCACCCAUCUCUGUGAGGUCUAACUCGGAGGUCUACUUACAACGGUACUUAAAUCUUGCUGUUUUCGCGGGCGGUAGAAAAGGUCUUUCAGGUCUGUACGGUUGGUACAUCGUGUGCAUGUGUGUGUGUGUGGAAGUGUUUGCUUUAUUAUCCACCGAGCUGUGAAACGGUGUAUGUACGCGGUGUGCUAACGUGUCAACAACAAUUGCCAAAACCGCGCUGCUUUUAAAGGCAAAUUCGCCACGGCAUUAUUGUUGUACCAUUUCUCGUGAAUGGUUUAAAGUGCUGCUCGCUGCCGCCACCAAAUAGCAAUCCAAGAGCUCCGUGUUUUUUUUUUUUAAAUCACGCCCGGUACAUUGCGCUUUUCCUCUCCCUGGAUCUACCUUUAUUGGGCGCUGUGUGCGUGCGUGCGUGCGCCUGUGUAUCCAAGUAAGCGUGAAAGAGUGAAACGGAAGAUUUGUUGUGUUUACCGUUGAGAGUAGGCGCAGCGAAGAAAAGGAAACAAAAAAGUCUCCAUCGAAACCCAUCAAAGGGUUGCUGCUGCUGCUGCUGGGAGCCGUGAACCAAGCAAAACCGGUUCCGAGCAGGGCGGAAGUGAAGCUCAAUAGAAUCAUUCCCUUCGUGUGUUGUUGCUUGCUAGGGAAGCGAAAGUGUUUCGAGUUGCAACGGUGGUGCGUGUGUCUCUGUGUGAGCAGACAGAGCGAGAGAGAGAGAAAGAAAAAGGAGCGGAAGUGGAUAAUACGCCCGGAAGCACGAACAACCAGCGAGAGUUUUACUUGUAGAACGGAAAGAAAACACCCCAAAGAACGUGAACGAGAGUGUGCGCAAGCAUUCAGCAGCAUUCGGUGUCAGCAAAAGCGACUACUAAAAGAGCUCCAAAAGCAAUGGUGCAGAAGUAUGAAUCUCCCGUCAGGAUCUACAAGUAUCCCUUCGAGCUGGUCGUGGCGCACGAACAAUCAAACCCCUUUCAAGAACACGAAGCCCCAAUCGUCAGAUGAAAGCACUAAAAUGCGCCACCGUUUGACGUAAUCGGAUCGUUUUCAUGCUAGAAAAGUAAAACGCUACACCCAAAAGCCCCUACAGAGACACGGCGCCACAUCGAUAUUGAUUAAAAAACGAAGAGCCACGCUUUUUGUUAACUGCGGGCCACAGCGCCCGGGGAAUGAUAUUGGUAGCCAAAAAACAACGAACAGUAUCGAAAAAAAACAAGCAUCAUGCCGCCGCCUAGGUGGUUGGAAUUCUAUCGCAGAACUUUGUUCGCUAUCGCUAGGGGUUAAAUGUGGCAAGACAGCACCAGAAGAAAGGAGGAGUUCAAUGUAACGCUAUCAGGCCUACGAGCGUCGCUUCCCGACCUGCCCGCAGAUGCCGAUCGUACUCGACUGCGAGAUCAUCGAGGACAACGUGUUCGACAAUGGUGCCCGGCGUGACACGAAGCGCCGUUGCAAGAUCGCAGUCGAGGCGCCGUACCUGAUCAAGAAGAUCAUCGGCGUCGAUGUGGUGUUCUUCAUCCAGCAGAACUUCCUCGACAUGAAGACGCGCACGCUGAACAUCGAGGCAACGAACGAGUCGUUCGCGACGCGUGUGGAAAUCUUCGAAAAGUGCCGGUACUACGCCCACCCGGAGAAUCCCGACUGGACGUGCUUCGACCAGACGGCAACGCUGGACAUUAAGAACUUUUUCGGCAUCGAGCAUUCGAUGGAGAAGAUGGGCAUGAAGCAGUACACGCAGACCACGCUGAAGGGCAAGGAGAUUAUUGAGUUUUUCGUAAACGAGCUCAAACAGGAGGGCAUCACGCACGUGGAUAGAUGGGUUGACGAUGCGACCGUCACGUCCACCACAGCUGGUACAGCAACCAACACAACGCCACCGGAAAAGCCACCGCUCUGCCGGGACAACUCCAUCCUGGACGCCGAUUACAUCGCCAAGUAUCUCGGCCAGCUAACGCCGCUGCAGGAGUCGAAGCUGGUGCAGCUGCGCAAACGGUUCGAGCACGGCACGUCCGAACACCCGGAACCGGACUACCAGACGCUGUUGCGGUUUUUGCGUGCGCGCGAUUUCAGCAUCGAUAAGGCGACGGGCAUGCUGCAGGAGUCGCUCCAGUGGCGCAAGGAGCAGCGCAUCGACAGCAUACUCGGCGAGUACAAAACGCCGGUCGUGGUGGAGAAGUACUUCCCGGGCGGCUGGCACCACCACGAUAAGGACGGGCGACCUUUGUACAUACUGCGGCUCGGCACGAUGGACGUCAAAGGAUUGCUGAAGUCGGUCGGCGAGGACGAGCUGCUCAAGCUGACGCUGCACAUUUGCGAGGAAGGCUUGCGGCUGAUGAAGGACGCGACCAAGCUGUUCGGCAAACCGGUCUGGAACUGGUGCCUGCUGGUCGACCUGGACGGGCUGUCGAUGCGGCAUCUGUGGCGGCCGGGCGUAAAGGCGCUGCUGCGCAUCAUUGAAACGGUCGAGAAAAACUAUCCGGAAACGAUGGGGCGCGUGCUGAUCGUGCGCGCGCCGCGCGUUUUCCCCGUCCUGUGGACCAUUGUCAGCACGUUUAUUGAUGAAAACACACGCUCCAAGUUUCUGUUCUUCGGUGGACCGGACUGUAUGCACGCGGAGGAUGGAAUUGAGCAGUACAUCGAUACGGACAAGAUUCCCAGCUUUUUGGGCGGCUCGUGCAAUCCCAGCAUACCGACGGUGGUGGAAACGAUACCGGCUAAACUGUACACACGCUGCUUUCUGGGCGCGUGUCACUGUACGCUAAUCCACGAGGGUGGUUUGGUGCCGAAGCAUCUGUACAAGUCGGAAUCGAUCGAGGAAACGAACGGCGCGAUCCAGGCGCACGAUCAUCACGGCCUGUACAAGGCGGUGGACCUGAAGCCGGGGCAACUGUUCGAGCUGCUGAUACGCAACACCGACCCGAAGAGUGUCCUCACGUGGGACUUUGAGGUGCUGAAGAACGAUACGCUGUUUGCCGUGUUUCACACCGAGAAGGAGAUCGAACAGAGUGGAAAUGAUGACUUUUCCUCCGUGUUUGAUGGGCCAGACUUUAAGGAGGGUACCAAUUACAAGAAGAUCGAACAGAGUGUUAAAUGCCGCCCGAAGGAAGGUGUACAGGGCUCGCACGAAAUGGCAUCGACCGGCACGUACGUUCUGCAGUGGAUGUGCCCACCGUCCUGCGAUGGGCCAGCGCAGCUAAUGUACUUCCACGAGAUCCUCAGCUCGGCCAACUACAAAGGCUCGAUGACCAGUCUGCAGUCGGGCUUCUCCUCCAACAGCUUGCAAUCGCGAUGAUGAACGCUGCACGAGACUGAACGGCGAGGGAUCACUGCCCUCCAAUCAGUACCACAUGCCGACGGCGGCGACGGUAGCGGUGAGGGUUGCUCCAGGAGCAACCUGUAAUGUUCAAACAGAAACCAGCCAGCAUGCAUGAUGCGUGAUCGUGAUCAUGAUCGUGAAUCUCUUACAAACUGAACGUAAUCUCUACUCCUACACAAACAUGGCAAAGCUAUAGUUGGAAACGAAAAGUUAAAGGAAAACUCAUACACACAUACACAAAAGGUUGUAAUACAAUGGAAACCAAAAGCAAGGAACGUGAAUCGAAUCGUAAUUGUAAAAAGCUAAAAGUUAUAAACGUGUCUAGAGACAGAGAAAGAGAUAUGGAAGCAAACAAAAAUCAUUUUACACGCUACCCACACACAACCCCAUACACUAAGCGCAACAUUUUGCAAUGCAGCAACACGAGUGAACGAAAGUGAAGCAUAAUCAAUUAGUAGGAUAAUAAUAGUAAUACAAAACAACCCCCCCUCCCCCACCCUCCUCAUGCCACGUAAACAAGAAGAUCUCGCCCGUUUAGAUACGGAAGCGGAAGCGUUUCGUUGUACCGUACGUACGUAAUCGAAGAUAUUAGACAAACAACACAACCAGCACAACAACACAACAGCAUAAAUAUGAAUCUUUCAAGAAGCUACUUCCCUGCCGUCCUUUCUCAAGUAGGCUGAGUGUGUGCGCGACGUAUGUACGUGCGCGUUUGUGUGUCCCCAUGUGAAGCGGACAAUAAUAGUAGGAAUUUACUUGCAAACAAAUACGUACGUGAUGAAGAGGUGUAGAACGCAAAGGAAGAACAGGAACCUUACGCAGCCAGCAUUCUUGCGCAGCAGUUAGCACGUGAUGAUGAUGUGUGUAGGUAAGUGCAAACGUUUUUUUUAAUUAUUAUUAAGCAAACAAUCAGACACACCAGCCACGGAAUAGUAAGAUAUGAGAUAUCAGCUUUUAAAAUCACGAUGCCGUUUUCAAUGUUGACCGUCGUAAUAGAAAUAGCUUUCAUAGACUCACAUAUACAUCUCUAUAUAUAGAUAAAGUUAACCCUUAUAUACGCUCAACACUAGAACGCUAUCGACGUGGUGUGCUUAAGGUGUGUGUGUCUUAGGGUAACGGGGCUGCGGGGUAUGGAUGGUUUAAAGUUUAGAGAAACCGUUGUGACGGAGAAGAGAGAAAAGGGAACCUUUUUUGUAAAUGUACGCGCAGCAAGGUUACGCAGCAAAUUGCUAGGUAGAAUGAAUUUUAUUUGAAAAAAAAACAAACCGCCACAAGCAAAGCAUCACUACAGAGGAGCACACAGCCGUAAAUGCGUGCGUGUUUUGUCCCAUUUUUUUAAAAAAAAGAGAAGGCUUAAUAUUCGCAUCAUUGCUGGUAAAUGACGAAGAAAUAUAAGGAGGUGUGUAGGAAUGUUAGAAAAUAAGCAAACAGGUGAUAAUUAAUUACGGCUAAUUUCCGUUACAAACGCGUGUCUGUGUGUGUGUGUGUGUGCUGUAAAUGAUUUUAUUUUAACGUACUUGUGCUGUAUAAGUGGGAAGAUCGUCUGCGCGUCACGCGAAAGGGAAUGGAUGAGCGGAGUUUCGUUUAACACUUAACGGGCCACAAUGUACCACUUGCGGGCGCGUGCAUUGUUAAUGUUUUUGGGGCGAACGUUUUACAUUAGAAGUGGUUUUUUGUUUGUAGAUGGUUUUAUUUUGCAUUAGUUCAGCAAAUAUCACCAUCACCUUGAAACAUUUCACCCCAAAACGUAUCUCGCAUUGUUUGCUAGCGAAGUAAGUGACUACACCGAUUGUGCAAAAUACAUUGUAGGCUGGGUUGGCGCAACACGCAGCUUUGAUGGCAGCUCGGUUUAGCUCUGCAAUCAUUAAAUUGGGGUAUGCAAUGUAGCUGAUUAGCGGGCAAGCGAUUUGUUUUACUUUUACCUUGUGAAGUAUGUUCAAAUAGUGAGUAGAGAGCUGAGGUGAGAAUACUAUAUAUGUUGUCGUUAAAAACGUGUGGCGAAAUUAGCUCAGCACAGUCGUGUGUUGUUUGUAGGUUCUUUUUUUGUGUAAGAAAAUGCAAAAAAUAGAUUUUUUUACACGCUAGUUUGUUAAUGGGUAGCAUUUUCACUUUUUUGUAAAAUUCAAAAACUACAACCACACAAUAGAGUGUAACCACAUACGAGAUUGAUGAUUAUUGUACAACUUUAUAGACGCCUUUUUUCCCAAUCAGUGUGUGUGUGUGUGUCUCCCGAAGAAGGAGACGCUGGAGAGCAGUUUGUUAGAUUUGCAGCGCUGAUUUGUUCAUGUUGUUUUCUAAGGCAUAAAAAUAGGUAAAAAAAAAGAACCCCCUUUUUCGCGCAACCAAAAAGCAGACAAAAAAAAAGAAGCAACAACCACCAAGUGAUAGGAAAUUGUCAUCCAGCAACAGCAAAAUGCAACAGCAGGCAACAACCAAAAAAAAAAAACAAAUGG